AUGACCGAGGUUGCAUCUGCAACUAGCGAAGCACCCGGUGGGGUUGAUACCACGGGGUGUGUCGACUGGGGUACCGUUGCCAAGAGCAACGACAGCAUUCUUGACUACUUCAAGACCAACAUGGGCCAUAGAACCACUGACUUCUACAGUGCCUUGCGGGCAGACUGUGAAAGAAUCGAAGAGUCAAUGAAAACCUCUGAGCAUGAGGUCCUUCGUAAGGAAGAAGAUGCGUACCUCGAACAGCGCAACAACGCGGAAGAAGCUCACCUGAAACAGCUGCACCAGGAAGAGAUCAAUUAUUACAAAGCUCGAUUCCAGAGCUUCCUGGCGUCGAGAGAUGCGCGUAAGAAAGCAAAGAAGCUCCAGCGGCAAACCAUCCGGGACAUGAAGCGCCGCGACAUCCUGAUCGCCGAGCAGGAGAGCGCAUCGAAGGAGGAAGAGAGGAUCAAGUCGACACAAACCGAAAAACGGGUCGCCUUUGAUCGCUUGAUUGCGUUCCUGAACAACAAGCAUGACAAGCAGCGCCGACAGCUCUUGGCCGCCCAAGAACGAAAGAUCCAGUAUGAACGAGUGCUGGACGAAAUGAUGCACUCGCACGAAAAGGUCGAAGUGAGAAGAUCAAUGGAAAAAAAGUCACUUGCCCGGAUCAACCACCAGAUUGCUGCAAACAAACGUGUUGCCGACCAGCUCCAGGAAGUUCAGCAGCUCGAACUCCAGCAGCUCAAGGAAAAGUUUGACCUUGACUUUGAAACCCUCGAAACUGUUCAGAACAUGAAGAUCACCCAUGCCAAGCUUGUCGCCGAGGCCACAUCGUCCAACUUGUCCGAGAUCAACCAAGAAAAGGAGAAAAUCAUCUCGCUCAAGGAAAAGCUCAAGCUUGAGCGAUUGGAGCUGGAGCACGCUGGUAGCAUGCAAACUUUAUUGCACCGCCAUAUCGCCGAACUCCGCCAGCUCCGCGAAGCACAGAACAUGAGCUCCAUUGGAUUAGCAAAGAAGGGCGAUAACAGUUUCCUUGGAUCGAACCUCAGUCUUGUUCACUCUGUCGCUUCCAAAAACGACAGCAACUUGGAUUUGAGUCCACCGCCCAAGGGCGAUACUGCCUCCGAGCGUGGCGAGCCCGUGAGACUUUCCAAGACGAGUUUUCGAAGGGAAAAGUCCACUACUUCCCGAAGCGGAAAAGACAGAGUAAACUCCAUACAGUCCCAGGAAAGAGACAGUGUCACAAGCGAAGAGGAAGAUCGGCGGAUCCAACUCAAGGUUGACGGGUCCACCCUCGAGAGACUCCGAGUCAAGCAUUCAAACGCUCUCAGCAUCCUCUAUGAUGCGCAAAAGGCCGAGAUCGAAGAGGUUCAAGUCAACAUGGACAAGCGCAAGCGAGAGCUUGAGGCAUCACACGCCAUUGAAAUGCGAGAGCUCGUUGAAUCGCACAACAGUGAGAUCGAGACUCUGUACUCAAACCAAGAGAAGGAGAUUCAAAUGGAGGCAUCCGUACACGAAGCCGAGGCCCGUAUGCUUGUGGAGCGCAAGGUGCUCUACUCUGUCGUGGACAGCGUCAUCAGCGGCAUCAUCACCAUCGAUCCCAUCGGAACUAUAACUCGAUUCAACAGAGCGGCCGAGCAAAUGUUUGGGUACCAGGCGAGCGAGGUUAUUGGAAAGAACAUCAAGAUGCUCCAGCCCCACGAGAUCGCUGUCCAGCACGACUUCUUCUUGUCGCGCUACCUCGAAACCGGAGUGCGUCGCAUCAUCGGCCACGGCCGAAAAGCGGAGGGCGUCAAGAAAAACGGAUCUCGCUUCCCGGUGCACAUCUCCGUGUCUGAAGUUCUGGAGGAGGGAAUCCAUCUGUUCACGGGUAUCGUCCGAGACCUCACCGAUAUGGUUGAAUAUGAAAACAAGCAAGCCCAUAUCGCUCUCCAAAAGCAAGAACAGAUCAAAUUGCUCCUUUGGGAACUAGACGAGACCAAGAAGAGAUCGGAUGUACUCCUUGCGGAGGUGAUGCCCCCUUCGAUCAGCAAAACACUUUCGAGCGGCAAGCCGCCUACUCCUGAGCAGUUCAGCUCGGCAACCAUUUUGUUCUCGAGCAUCGUGGGCUUCAGUGAAAUGUAUAUCAGCACGACUCCAACAGAAAUCGUUGAGCUCCUGAAUUUGGUCUACAGUACCCUCGACGAGGUCAUCAGCAUGCACAACGUCUACAAAGUCGAUUCUGUUCAAGGCUGCUACAUCGUGGCCUCAGGUCUGGACAGCCAGAACAGUGGUGACCACGCUGCAGAGAUUGCCAGCUUGGCACUAAGCUUUCUCUCGGUCGUAAACCAACUGUCGAUCCCUACACGAAACGACAUGAGGCUGAAGAUUCAGCUGGGCAUUCAUACCGGUCCAGUUAUGGCUGGCGUGGUGGGCACUGCGCGCCCAAGAUACCGGCUCUUUGGUCAGACCCUGCAGACAGCAUCGCGGCUGAUGGACUCUGGCCUUCCCAUGCGAGUUCAAGUCAGCGAGGACACCUACAAGCAGCUGUCUCAGUCCGGAGGCUUCAAGUUGGCGAAGCGAGGAGAAACCGUGGUGCGAGGAGAAGAUGCCACUACCACCUACUGGCUGGUCGGCAAGGAGAACAGCUCCGAGCCACUUCCAGAGGAAACAACAUCGCUUCUCUCCGAGUAAAUGAGGAAGAAGGAGCAACGACGAAUUAUCGGCUGAGGGCUGCACGCAGUAACCGGGGGUUGUGGUGUGCAGUGCCCUCAAAUCAUUGAACGGACAACAACCCGCGUCAGCUUCGAGCCAACCACAAACUAUCAGCAUAUGGCCGGAAUGCUUCAGAUAAUGACAUAAUUUACCCUGAUUUAGGAUAUUGGAAGUAAUUGUUCUUGCCUUGAAUACAUGCAAUAUUCCACAUUGUGGAAACAGUGCAAAGAGUAUCCACCGAAGCUGCGAUGCAUGCUCAUUUCCUCAUCAAGUUCACUCCCAGCCGACCACUCGAUCCCGCCCACAUCGC